GGUGAAACCCAGGCGAGAUGGGUGCAAGUUUCUGAACACUUUCAUUCGGCAGCUUUAAUUGAGCGUGUACUAUGUGCCAGGGAGGGCCAGGGUUUUCAGGAUAGGAGGUGGACAAGGCACGGGCCCUAAGGCUGGUGGAUAAGGACAUCGAAGGGUUAAAUUCUGGGACCGCUGCGGGGAGGAAGGGGUAGAGGAAUCUCCCGAGGAAAGGCCCCCUUCCCGGCAUCUCAGGCUCCGGAAACCCGGGCGCGAGGAGCCUGGGAAGGGCUGCCCCGCAGGCCUUGGCCUCCCCCGCGGAGCUCCCUCUGGCCCUGGGAGUGGCCGCUCUCGAAUUACAACAAAAGAGGCCGGAGGCCGGGCCUGCCGCGGCGGCCGCCUUCGGGGAAGGGGGUGGGUCCGGGGAGGGGUUUGCCAUCCUCCUCUGGUUAAAAGUAAGGGGGAAAAGAGUAAACGCGCGACUCCAGCGCGCGGCUACCUACACUUGGUGCUUGCUUUCUCCAGCCAUCGGAGACCAGAGCCACCCCCUCUGCUCGAGAAGGGCUCAGCGGGGGCGGAAGCGGAGGGAGACCACCGUAGAGAGCGCGGUCCCAGCCCGGCCACUGCGGAUCCCUGAAACCAAAAAACUCCUGCUGCUUCCGUACCCCGCCUGUCCCUCCCAGCUGCACAGGGCCCCUUCGUGGGAUCAUCAGCCCGAAGACAGGGAUGGAGAGGCCUCUGUGCUCCCACCUCUGCAGCUGCCUGGCUGUGCUGGCCCUCCUGUCCCCCCUGAGCCUGGCACAGUAUGACAGCUGGCCCCAUUACCCCGAGUACUUCCAGCAACCGGCUCCCGAGUAUCACCAGCCCCAGGCCCCCGCCAACGUGGCCAAGAUUCAGCUGCGCCUGGCUGGGCAGAAGAGGAAGCACAGCGAGGGCCGGGUGGAGGUGUACUAUGAUGGCCAGUGGGGCACCGUGUGCGAUGAUGACUUCUCCAUCCACGCUGCCCACGUCGUCUGCCGGGAGUUGGGCUACGUGGAGGCCAAGUCCUGGACUGCCAGCUCCUCCUACGGCAAGGGGGAAGGGCCCAUCUGGUUAGACAAUCUCCACUGUACUGGCAACGAGGCGACCCUUGCAGCAUGCACCUCCAAUGGCUGGGGCGUCACCGACUGCAAGCACACGGAGGAUGUCGGUGUGGUGUGCAGCGACAAAAGGAUUCCUGGGUUCAAAUUUGACAAUUCGUUGAUCAAUCAGAUAGAGAACCUGAAUAUCCAGGUGGAGGACAUUCGGAUUCGAGCCAUCCUCUCAACCUACCGCAAGCGCACCCCAGUGACGGAGGGCUACGUGGAGGUGAAGGAGGGCAAGACCUGGAAGCAGAUCUGUGACAAGCACUGGACGGCCAAGAAUUCCCGCGUGGUCUGCGGCAUGUUCGGCUUCCCUGGGGAGAGGACAUACAACACCAAAGUGUACAAAAUGUUUGCCUCACGGAGGAAGCAGCGCUACUGGCCAUUCUCCAUGGACUGCACCGGCACAGAGGCCCACAUCUCCAGCUGCAAGCUGGGCCCCCAGGUGUCACUGGACCCCAUGAAGAAUGUCACCUGCGAGAAUGGGCUGCCGGCCGUGGUGAGUUGUGUGCCUGGGCAGGUCUUCAGCCCUGACGGACCCUCGAGAUUCCGGAAAGCCUACAAGCCAGAGCAACCCCUGGUGCGACUGAGAGGCGGUGCCUACAUCGGGGAGGGCCGCGUGGAGGUGCUCAAAAAUGGAGAAUGGGGGACCGUCUGCGAUGACAAGUGGGACCUGGUGUCGGCCAGUGUGGUCUGCAGAGAGCUGGGCUUUGGGAGUGCCAAAGAGGCAGUCACUGGCUCCCGACUGGGGCAAGGGAUCGGACCCAUCCACCUCAACGAGAUCCAGUGCACAGGCAAUGAGAAGUCCAUUAUAGACUGCAAGUUCAACGCCGAGUCUCAGGGCUGCAACCACGAGGAGGAUGCUGGUGUGAGAUGCAACACCCCUGCCAUGGGCUUGCAGAAAAAGCUGCGCCUGAACGGGGGCCGCAAUCCCUACGAGGGCCGAGUGGAGGUGCUGGUGGAGAGAAACGGGUCCCUUGUGUGGGGGAUGGUGUGUGGCCAAAACUGGGGCAUCGUGGAGGCCAUGGUGGUCUGCCGCCAGCUGGGCCUGGGAUUCGCCAGCAACGCCUUCCAGGAGACCUGGUAUUGGCACGGAGAUGUCAACAGCAACAAAGUGGUCAUGAGUGGAGUGAAGUGCUCGGGAACGGAGCUGUCCCUGGCGCACUGCCGCCACGACGGGGAGGACGUGGCCUGCCCCCAGGGCGGAGUGCAGUACGGGGCCGGAGUUGCCUGCUCAGAAACUGCCCCUGACCUGGUCCUCAAUGCGGAGAUGGUGCAGCAGACCACCUACCUGGAGGACCGGCCCAUGUUCAUGCUGCAGUGUGCCAUGGAGGAGAACUGCCUCUCGGCCUCAGCCGCGCAGACCGACCCCACCACGGGCUACCGCCGGCUCCUGCGCUUCUCCUCCCAGAUCCACAACAAUGGCCAGUCCGACUUCCGGCCCAAGAACGGCCGCCACGCGUGGAUCUGGCACGACUGUCACAGGCACUACCACAGCAUGGAGGUGUUCACCCACUAUGACCUGCUGAACCUCAAUGGCACCAAGGUGGCAGAGGGCCACAAGGCCAGCUUCUGCUUGGAGGACACAGAAUGUGAAGGAGACAUCCAGAAGAAUUACGAGUGCGCCAACUUCGGCGAUCAGGGCAUCACCAUGGGCUGCUGGGACAUGUACCGCCAUGACAUCGACUGCCAGUGGGUUGACAUCACUGACGUGCCCCCUGGAGACUACCUGUUCCAGGUUGUUAUUAACCCCAACUUCGAGGUUGCAGAAUCCGAUUACUCCAACAACAUCAUGAAAUGCAGGAGCCGCUAUGACGGCCACCGCAUCUGGAUGUACAACUGCCACAUAGGUGGUUCUUUCAGCGAAGAGACGGAAAAAAAGUUUGAGCACUUCAGCGGGCUCUUAAACAACCAGCUGUCCCCGCAGUAAAGAAGCCUGCGUGGUCAACUCCUGUCUUCAGGCCGUACCACAUCUUCCGUGGGACUUCUCCCAACAACUGAGUCUGAACGAAUGCCACGUGCCCUCACCCAGCCCGGCCCCCACCCUGUCCAGACCCCUACAGCUGUGUCUAAGCUCAGGAGGAAGAGGACCCUCCCGUCAUUCAUGGGGGGCUGCUACCUGACCCUUGGGGCCUGAGAAGGCCUUGGGGGGUGGGGUUUGUCCACAGAGCUGCUGGAGCAGCACCAAGAGCCAGUCUUGACCGGGAUGAGGCCCACAGACAGGUUGUCAUCAGCUUGUCCUAUUCAAGCCACCGAGCUCACCACAGACACAGUGGAGCCGUGCUCUUCUCCAGUGACACGUGGACAAAUGCGGGCUCAUCAGCCCCCCAGAGAGGGUCAGGCCGAAUCCCAUUUCUCCUCCUCUUAGGUCAUUUUCAGCAAACUUGAAUAUCUAGACCUCUCUUCCAAUGAAAUCCUCCAGUCUAUUAUAGUCACAUAGAUAAUGGUGCCACGUGUUUUCUGAUUUGGUGAGCUCAGACUUGGUGCUUCCCUCUCCACAACCCCAACCCCUUGUUUUUCAAGAUACUAUUAUUAUAUUUUCACAGACUUUUGAAGCACAAAUUUAUUGGCAUUUAAUAUUGGACAUCUGGGCCCUUGGAAGUACAAAUCUAAGGAAAAACCAACCCACCUGUGUAAGUGACUCAUCUUCCUAUUGUUCCAAUUCUGUGGGUUUUUGAUUCAACGGUGCUAUAACCAGGGUCCUGGGUGACAGGGCGCUCACUGAGCACCAUGUGUCAUCACAGACACUUACACAUACUUGAAACUUGGAAUAAAAGAUUUAUGAAA